AUGCAUAAUUUAACCAUGCCGGUGGGUCGCGAAGCCAUCCUGACCUGUUCGGUCAGUAAUCUAGGAAAAUACAAGGUGGCGUGGGUGAGGGCUGAGGAUCAGACUAUUCUCAGUCUGCAUACGAAAGUGGUGACGCACAAUUCGCGCAUCACCGUCACGCACGACAACCUGCAGACGUGGCAUUUGCGUAUCCGACAGCUGAAAGAGUCCGACCGCGGCUGCUACAUGUGUCAAGUUAACACGAACAUCAUGAAAAUGCAGCAGGGGUGUCUCGACGUGCAUGUACCGCCGGAUAUUAUCUACGACGAUACAAGUGGUGAUCUUUCAGUCUCAGAGGGUGAAAAUGCCACCCUAUGGUGUCGAGCAACUGGUCAUCCUACUCCUAGAAUCACUUGGAGGCGUGAGGAUGGCCAUCCGAUUAUUCUACGUCGAGGAAAUCGCGAUGCUGUUAAAGUUGAUACGUACAACGGCAGCAAUUUGUACUUUUGGAGAUUGGAUCGCAAGCAGAUGGGCGCGUACUUGUGCAUCGCCAGCAACGACGUGCCGCCCGCCGUCAGCAAGCGCAUCUUAUUGAACGUGAAUUUUGCUCCUGUAAUUAAAGUGCCCAAUCAGUUACUGGGCGCUCCUUUGAACACGGAUGUCAUGCUGGAGUGUUACGUGGAAGCCUUCCCGAACACUAUCAACUACUGGGUGAAGAACCGUGGCGAGAUGUUGCUCAACGGAAGUAAAUAUACUAUUAGAGAGGAGCGAAGUGGAUAUAAAGUGCUGAUGUGGCUCAUUAUUCGAUCAUUUGCUACGCAGGACAUUGGAACGUACAAUUGUGUCUCUACUAAUUCUCUAGGGAAAGCAGAAGGUACAUUAAGACUCUAUGAAAUCAAAGUUGGACCCGGUGGACCACAGGAUAAUCAUAUCAGUAUAGUUGGAGGCUUGGCAGAACCCGCACGAGGUCACCGCUCAAGAGAAAGCGAAGUAUUCUCAUCGUCGCCAUCUUUAUCCAGCUCAAAUCUCCUGCAGCUGUUUCUGGCCGCCUGCCUCGUCCUCACGCAUCGGUGACGCAUUGCAUAAACGCGCGACAAGAUUGAUUACGACCCACGAAAAAAACCUAAAAACAAGUCGCACCGAAAUAUCGAUCGCAAAUAUAAGAACUCAUCCAUCCAUCACAAACAGCAACAAGAAAACAAAAAAUCACUAUCAGAUUCACAUUCGUAUUCGGUAAACUCUCUAUCAUAAAUAAAAUAUUAAAAAAUAUGUGUAAAUACUAAUGAUUUGUGCGACUGAUACAAGCUCAACCCAAAAGGAAAACCACGCGAAAAAUAAUUCUAGUUUUAGCGGUAAAUUCAUGGUGAAGGCGCCGGGCGCACAUUUGUAUGUAGCUCUCUUAGUUUGGAGAGCAUAGCGCGCAUAGUUCUAAUAAAAUGCUAAUUCUUAUAUCCACGUCCCAGCAGCAGUGUACACGACGUGCUUCUGAGGAAAGCUCCGUGCCGCCACCGCCGCCGCCGCCGCCGUCUCCGACAAUAUUGCCGGCGCGUUAUUAUUGUUAUUAUUGCGCGAGAAUAACGCGAGAUUUCUCCUAUAUUACGAGCACGUCCGCGUAAAAUUUCGCGUCCGGAAUUCUCUUUAAUAAACGCUGCUCAUGACGACGCGCACGAAAUUCCGUGACAAGACAACGAGUUUUAAUAAAAGUGUUGAUUUGGUUGGUAAAACUCUAAAAAUAACUAAAUGCAUAGUUUAUUAUUAUUAAAUUACCAAAACUAUCAAUGUAAUUGACCUAUAAUUAACCGAGUAAUGAAAUUGAACAUUUGCACGUGUACAUUUCCACGAAAUUGAACGUUUUGUACGCCAUUUUUGUACAUAAUCAUUGAACAAAUCAAUUAAAUGUCGAUUUGUCGAUUUCAACACUACACUUGUACAUAGAACUUACUAAAACGCUGAUUAGAGGUUAACAUUUAGCGAAAGGAGACACAUGUAACUAUGUAAAAUUUACAAUAAUUAAUUAAUCUAUGAGAUAAUUGAAUUAUUGUGUGGAUUGAGAGCGAUGAAUGAGUGAUGACCUAGUUGAAAGUAAAAGAUAUCAAAAACUGUCAUAUCUUUAUUCUCAAAAUCUCAAUUGGUGCCAAAGAUUAAGCAUUAACUAAUCACAUA